AUGGGAUCCCUAAACAGCACGAAUCAGGUCCCCGUGUCUGGUUGGGAGCUGAGUGAUAUCUCGGACUACCAAUGCCACUCUCGAGUCCGCGAUCCAACAGAUGGCGUCGAAAGUGCUCACGGCGGAGAGCCUGAGACCACUCCAUUUCCAAAAUACGGCAUCGGCACCUCCAGCUCCGCCAACAGAACUCUCGGCUUCGCCGUCACGACGGAGCAGUACAUUCACGUGCGCUGGGCCUGGAUCACACUCCCCGUAGCAGUAGUAGUCAUGGGGAUCAUGCUUCUGGUCCUCGCCAUCGUCCAUACGAAGCGCAGUGGAGUUACGUCGUGGAAGUCGUCGAGCAUACUUGCGCUUUUUGCGCAGCUCGAUGGCUGGGACGAGGAUGACUUACGCCCGGCUGCUGGGCCGGUGAAGGGGCUGGAGCGGCAAGCGAAAGGCAUGUCUGCGGUGAUUAAGGUAGAUGGGGGUGCGGGAAAGGUGCUGUUCGUUAACACUCCUCGUGGUGUGGCUGGGAUGCACGAUAUUUGA